AUGGCUGACAAUCCAAAGAAACCAUUCUUGGGCCUCUCGUCGCUUCAUCGCCCCUGGACCAUCAAUCCAUCUAUACUCGAACGCAUGCCCUACCCGAGAAGAAUGGAUUUCUCGUUCUUCAAUGUGAACCGUUCACCUGUGAACAUCAACCAAAUCAAUCAGGAGAAAGCGCAGAACUUGCAUAUGGAAAUGGCGAAGCUGCCACGCCCACCGGAACUAAGCCCGGACCUCAAGUCUCUUGCCCAUCUGUUCAUCAACAGAGUGAAGAACAUUUCCGAGCCCUUCCCUGCAGAGUUGCAUAACAUGUUUAAAGGGUGA